AUGAAGAGCAGGCUGCCGGUCCUGCUCGCCGUCGUCUCGCUGCACACGUGGACGGCGCUCGCGCUCAGGGCCCUCGACCACAGGUUGUUCGGUGCUGUCCGCACUAUCCAGCCCAAGCCAUGCAUGAACAAGGCGUCGGGCCAGGAGGGCACCUGUAUGUUCGCUUGGGACUGCUUCAGUGCGGGAGGCACACACCUCACCUACUGCACAGACUCGUUCUACACCGGAAGCUGCUGCAAGCUGCCGCCAGGAGUCGUUGUGCACCAACACGAAAUGCCGUCCGACCCUACCAACAGCAUCGACUCCAUAGCAGAUGACAGUGAUGAAGACUAUAAUAAGAAAACCAAGAAGCCUUCGUUAUCCACAGCCAAACCCACAGUGCCAAUGCGCAAAACUACGCCGCAGGCGGUUCACCUCACUAAGCCGACAGUGUCACCCCAGGAAACGUCGCAGAGCACACCAUCUUUCGGUGGACUGUCUACUUUCACUCCGGGACUCAUUACGUGGAGGCCACACGAGACCACCCUUGUGACGGACUCAAAAACGCCGCUGGUUACUUCUCCAGGACCCGUGGAACAUGGAACGACUUCCUCAACAAAGGCGAGUAAACCCAGCACAACGCGAAUACCCAUAGUAGCAAGUACGUUCCUUCACCCAGAAGAGCCACCGAGGACUACCGGAUCAACAUUAGUGGCGACAGAGAAAACGCAGCCUACAACGAAAGGACCUCCAAAGAUUGACGUUGAAACGACGACGCAGCCAAUCUCCAUGAUCCCAAGUUCCGAGUCCGCUAAACCUCACCCCUCAUCAACGUUAACGCCAACUCCGGGUCAGGAACCGCACAGUACACAAACAACACCGAUGCCUGCGACCUCUUCCGUUCAAAGUCAUACUUGGAUAGUCAACGAACACGAGACGACCAUGCCAAUUCCAACGUCUGUGCCGAGCGAACAGUCGUGGGUAGUUGUGGACGAGGCGGAUGCAAGCGGUCAGCAGACGACCAUCGUCCAGGUUCCAUCAACGCAGAAGAUGCCAUCCACUAAACCCCCGCACACCUCGCCCAUGUCUGAUUGGUUGACAGUCACCGAAAUGAUGACGUCAAUUUCCUGGGUUGACAUGUCUGAACUAUCUACCUCUCAUAUUUCGCCGCCCAAAACAUCCGAGACAUCGUUGCCACCCACGAAAACCACACCACACAAGACUACAGAGAAAACCACGGUUGCUUCACACGCACCAAUUUACACUUCUACGACCCAUAAACCAACCACGGGUCAAGUGGCGCCGUCGGAGUUCUUGAACACGGUAGACGUGAACACGCCAACGCGCAUGCAAGUGUCGACAAAGGUGACCACCCCACUGACAACGAAAGGGGCCACCACGCAGCCGACUACAACGCAACAAUACGUUACUAGCACAGUAUCAACGACAUCGGGUAGACCCGCAAGUGCAUCAUCCCAGACCAGUGUACCAACUAGCUCUAGCAAAGUCACGACAGGGCGUUCAACAACACUGCCGACGACGACGACUGCCCGAACGACUGAGAAACCGAGCACACUUCCAAGUUACACGACCCCAAAAAGCACGACAGUCACGAAAGCCAAGCCUACUCAAACGACGAAGACCUCUCCUUCGCGCAGACCGUCGCCGACGACAGCCGGGACGACGACUCCUGCAACGCCAGCCACACUCACCGGCGACAGAGACAUUCGGAAAGUCUGCGGUCGACCCAAGGUUGUUCCGAGAGCGAGAAUAGUGGGAGGAGACCAGACGAAGUUUGCGCAAUGGCCUUGGAUGAUAUCUUUACGGCAGUUCAAGAGGAACACAUUUCUGCACAAGUGUGGCGCAGCCCUCCUGAACGAGUACUGGGCCAUCAGCGCAGCCCAUUGCGUUCACAACGUGUCCCCCAACGACAUAAUGCUGCGGUUGGGCGAGUACGACCUGAAGAGCGAGCGGGAGCAGCUGCCGCACGUGGAGCGGCGGAUCCAGAUCGUGGCCACGCACCCGCGCUUCGACGCCAGCACCUUCGAGUACGACCUGGCCCUGCUCCGCUUCUACGAGGCCAUUCCAUUUAAGGACAACGUGCUGCCCGUCUGCGUGCCGGACACCAACGACUCCUACGUCGGCCGAAACGCUGUUGUUACCGGCUGGGGUCGCCUGUACGAGGAUGGACCCUUGCCAAGCGUGAUGCAGAAGGUCAGCGUGCCAAUCAUCACCAACAAAGAGUGCGAGAGCAUGUACCGUAAAGCCGGCUUCAUCGAGGACAUCCCCAACAUCUUUAUAUGCGCCGGACUGGCCAAAGGAGGAAAAGAUUCGUGCGAGGGCGACUCCGGUGGACCCCUGGUGCUCAAGGACCCCAACACGGGGCAGUGGUCGCUCAUCGGCAUCAUCUCGUGGGGCAUCGGGUGCGCCCUGCCCAACCAACCCGGGGUGUAUACAAGGAUAACCCACUUUGCCGAGUGGAUCCGACAAAUCAUCGUCUUCUGA